UAGUAACAAUGGGGAAGAUAAUGGCUGCUUAAGCUACGCCUCAGAGCAAGCGCUGGGUUAGAGGCGGGUCUCCAGCAGCCACUCUGUCAGAGGCGGGCUUGAGAGCUACUGCCGGGGAGGCGCCCGGGAGCCUGAGUGGCGUUGGUCGAACUGAGAGUGAGCCUAAAACCGGAACAGAGUGAAGAAACUAAAAUCCAGUUUGUGUUUCAAUACUAUGUCAUAAGUCAGGUAAUUUUCCACUUGUUCAUCAAGAUGGAAAACUCAGAUUCUAACGAUAAAGGAAGUGGUGACCAGUCUGCAGCACAGCGCAGAAGUCAAAUGGACCGCUUGGAUCGGGAAGAAGCUUUCUAUCAAUUUGUAAAUAAUCUUAGUGAAGAAGAUUAUAGGCUUAUGAGAGAUAAUAAUUUACUAGGCACUCCAGGUGAAAGUACUGAAGAAGAGUUGCUGAGAAGACUACAACAAAUUAAAGAGGGUCCACCUCCUCAAAACUCAGAUGAAAAUAGAGGUGGAGAAGCUUCAGAUGACGUAUCUAAUGGUGACUCUAUAAUAGACUGGCUUAACUCAGUUAGACAAACUGGAAAUACAACAAGAAGUGGACAGAGAGGAAACCAGUCUUGGAGAGCAGUGAGCCGGACUAAUCCAAACAGUGGUGACUUCAGAUUUAGUUUAGAGAUAAAUGUUAACCGUAAUAAUGGGAGCCAAAACUCAGAGAAUGAAAAUGAGCCAUCCACAAGACGUUCUAUUGGAGAAAAUACAGAAAACAACAGCCAAAGGCAAGUGGAAAAUGCACAAUCUGAAUCAACAUCUGGAAGACCGUCUAGAUCAGAACGAAAUUCAGCUGAAACAUUAACUGAAGUUGUACCUACCAGAGGUCAGAGGAGGGCAAGAAGCAGGAGCCCAGACCACAGGAGAACCAGAGCAAGAGCUGAAAGAAGCAGGUCACCUCUGCACCCAGUAAGUGAAAUUUCACGAAGAUCUCAUCAUAGUAUCUCAUCUCAGACUUUUGAGCAUCCUUUGGUAAAUGAGACUGAGGGAAGUUCUAGAACCCGGCACCAUGUGACAUUGAGACAGCAAAUAUCUGGACCCGAAUUACUAAGUAGAGGUCUCUUUGCAACUUCUGGAACAAGAAAUGCCUCUCAAGGGGCAGGUUCUUCAGACAUAGCCACCAGUGGUGAAUCUACAGGAUCAGGACAGAGGCCCCCAACCAUAGUCCUUGAUCUUCAAGUCAGAAGAGUUCGUCCUGGAGAAUAUCGUCAGAGAGAUAGCAUAGCCAGCAGAACUCGGUCAAGGUCUCAGACACCAAAUAACACUGUCACUUAUGAAAGUGAACGAGGAGGUUUCAGGCGCACAUUUUCACGGUCUGAGCGGGCAGGCGUCAGAACCUACGUUAGCACCAUCAGGAUUCCGAUUCGUAGGAUCUUAAAUACUGGCUUAAGUGAGACUACAUCUGUUGCGAUUCAGACCAUGUUAAGGCAGAUAAUGACGGGUUUUGGAGAGCUAAGCUACUUUAUGUACAGCGAUAGCGAUUCAGAGCCUAGUGCCUCAGUCCCGAGUCGAAAUAUGGAAAGGGUAGAGUCACGGAAUGGAAGAGGUAGCUCUGGUGGUGGUAGCAGUUCUGGUUCCAGUUCGAGUUCAAGCUCCAGUUCCAGUCCUAGUUCCAGUUCCAAUGGAGAAAGUUCAGAAACUAGCUCAGAGGUGUUUGAAGGCAGUGUUGAAGGAAGCUCAUCAGGUGCCAGACGAGAGGGUCGACAUAGGGCUCCAGUUACAUUUGACGAAAGUGGCUCUCUUCCCUUCCUUAGCCUGGCUCAGUUUUUCCUCUUAAAUGAGGAUGAUGAUGACCAACCUAGAGGACUCACCAAAGAACAAAUUGACAACUUGGCAAUGAGAAGUUUUGGUGAAAAUGAUGCAUUAAAAACAUGUAGUGUUUGCAUUACAGAAUAUACAGAAGGCAACAAACUUCGUAAACUACCUUGUUCCCAUGAGUAUCAUGUCCACUGCAUCGAUCGCUGGUUAUCUGAGAAUUCUACCUGUCCUAUUUGUCGCAGAGCAGUCUUAGCUUCUGGCAACAGAGAAAGUGUUGUGUAAUUAAGAUCUGAACUCUAAGCUGUGUAGCUGGAAUAGUGAUGGGCAAACCGGACUUGCUUGCUUUUUGUCCACUUUUUUGAGUGGUGCUUCAUGUAAAGUGACAACCUGAGUUCAGUCAUUGCUUUCUAAAGAAACCUUGUCCGUUCUCAAAUGUUUCUUAUAGAAUAAAAGAAAAUGUUUAAAAGGCAAUGUUUUAGGGCCUAAAAGUUUGAUUUCAAUAUCA